GAAUUUAUCAUUAAUUUCUAACAAUAAAUCAACUUUAUCUUUAUGUACGAAAAACAAAAUCUAUAACUAUGAUCUAUUGGUCCCACUAGAUCAACCUGAUCCAUAGAUAUUUAUAACGUUCAGACAGUUAGAAGAUUAGAAAGUGUAGAAGUUACAGUGUAUUGGUUACAUUAUAAUAUGUUGACAAUGCUAAGACCUGGAAUUGAAAGAUCGAAGAAGUCUUUACUGUUUGUGACCCUUAUGAGUUUACCAAAUAGAUGCAGACGCCAAGAUAACAGAAAGGCGUUGUCGUGGAAACUGCAGAAGAACUCAGGGAGCGUUUUACGGCCUAAAUUGAAAUUGUGAAAAUGAAGUGGGCGAAUGAUUUAAAGCCACUUAAAUUCACACAAGAGGUUGUUUAUUUCCUAAUAGAAGUGGGCGAAUGAUUUAAAGCCACUUACUGUUAUUCUGCUUGGUUGACAUUUGUUAGUGACACAGUUUACAAGAUACACAACUACCGCCUCCAUUACAAUUUUACUACGGGAUUACUUAUUCUGUUCAGCAGGAGUUAGGUUGGCGACCUUCAAAUGCAGAUAUCUAUUAAUCUAAUGAUGAAACAAAAUGCAGGUUUUUCAGUAUUGGAGGAGGAUUCUAACAAAAUUUACAAAUGCCAAAUUGUUUGUCAGAUUUUAUGCUGUGACAUUUCUGAUAGUUGUUCCAUUCUGUAGUAUAAUUAAACUAAUAAACGACUUUCAACAAGUAAACGCUAUUAUAUCCGAAAACGGAAAAAGAGUUACUGAAUCAAAAGCAGUUUUAUCUGAUAUGAAGCCAAUAUUCGACACUCAUGGAAACUUUCUGUCAAGCAGUGGUUUUAAAAAUGAUCAGUCAUGCAGUCUUGCAAUUAGUAUUAUUACUGUGUCAAGAGAUAGAAAUCUGACGGAAGCAGACAAACCACAUUACAUUAUACAGUCAGUGGCAGCGUUUCUCAGGGUAAUCCAACAGUCAGGUAUAGAUGAUAUCCGUAUACACUUUAGCGUUUGUAAUGUCGACAUUAAUCCAGAAAGUCACACCGAUAUGAGGGAUAUUCCGAAAUGGAUCACCGUUUAUCAACGUAAUGCAAAGCCAGGAAGCAAAUACAAAUCCUUCUUUGAGAAAGAGAAGGAAGAUUACAUAUUUUGUUUACAAAAAGGUUUGGAGCAGAACACGUCAUAUAUGUUGGUAACCGAAGAUGACGCAUUGCCUCAUUCUGAACUAUUAACCGUGAUAAAAGAGAAGAUUUUAACAAAAGAAAAGUGUGCUUUUAAACAAAGAAACCUGCAAAAUGUGCUUUAUAUUAAACUCUUUACAAACAAUCGUGAUACAAAUUUUAUUAGAACUUGGUAUAAACCUACGGCUUUACUAGAAUUUGGUAUUGACAUGAGGGUGUUGUAUGAGCUCAUUUUACUGUCACUGGUUUUUACCGGAAUACUUUUAAUAAUCUGUAAGAAAUAUACAAAAACACGAAUGUCUACUUACAGCAAAUUUCUUUUGAUUAUUUAUGUAAUAUGCGUUCUUACUUUCAUAGAGCGCCGGAAUAUAAGAAUGGUUUGGCGGUAUAUUUUGGGAAUCUCUCAUGAAAUCUCGUCUGCUCCAGCCGGAAGUUUUGUGGCAAUGUUAUAUCCACGCGACGGUGUAUACAAUACUGUAAGCUAUCUCAGUUCAAGCGAAUGUAGCAGGGUAUAUGCGAAGGACCUGGUUCUAAAUGAUAUGGGUAGAGAUCAUUGGAAACAAGUAUUAUAUAUUGAACCAAGUUUAUUUACACAUAUAGGAUAUAAAAGGUCUAGACACCAUACUAGAUUUUGAAAGCGUAAAACCAAAUCAGGCAAUUGGUGAACAUAUUCAGUGUAAACAAUACAAGAAGUCCGGCCCUCGGUCAAGGCCUGUGUCUUCAGUAUGUCAGAGAUAAUUCAUUUCUCCACACAAACAGAAGUUUCCAUCUACUUAGUAAAUCCCAGGAACACUGAUCGCUGAUGCAUCACUGAAAUAAGGCUGUGUUAAGCUUAUUAAGUGAACCUGUUUUCACUUGUGUCUUACAUUAGUUCAGUAUAUAUUUAAUCCACUGUAUUGUGUUCAAAAAGAUUUAAUCUAACACUGAACGACAACCGAGCGUUAAGAAAACACAAUUGUUUUUGUUUUGUGUGUUCUUUGUAUAAAAGAUGCAAGUUGUAUCUUUAUAAAUUUGUUUUGCAUUCUGUUAGUAAUCGUAAAAAGGACAUUAAGGUGUUACACCAUUCAUUACCUCUCAUGAACAGACCUAUUACGGAUCAGUGUUGUUACAUUUUCUAGUCGUUAGGGAUCGUAUUGUGCAUUCAGUCUUACUGUAAAUGAGUUCCUCUAAAGGUGGUGUGAGGGGUGUUGCCUAUUCAUUACCUCUCAUGAACAGACCUAUUACGGAUCAGUGUUGUUACAUUUUCUAGUCGUUAGGGAUCGUAUUGUGCAUUCAGUCUUACUGUAAAUGAGUUCCUCUAAAGGUGGUGUGAGUGGUGUUGCCUAUUCAUUACCUCUCAUGAACAGACCUAUUACGGAUCAGUGUUGUUACAUUUUCUAGUCGUUAGGGAUCGUAUUGUGCAUUCAGUCUUACUGUAAAUGAGUUCCUCUAAAGGUGGUGUGAGGGGUGUUGCCCAUUCAUUACCUCUCAUGAACAGACUAAGUCAGACCGUGUCUGCUAUUCUGCUGCUUGGUUGCGUUCUAUGCUUUCAACAGAUCUUUUAACAGACUUUAUCACACUAGUACCAGUUUCAGUUUCAGUUUAUUGUUCACUCUUCACAAAAUAUAUGUGAUUAGAGGUACAUAUAAUAAUCAAGUAUGUAUAAUACACAUACAAAAAUGUUAACCAGGCUGUAAGGUCAAUAUCUACAUGUUUUAUAAGAACAAAGAUAAACUAUAUUGCAGUAUAGAGGAACAAAAAUCUUAAGUAGUGGUACUAAACAACUACAGUUUUAUCAGUAAACUACAGCUAGCAUUUAUUUUCAAUAUGAAUAUACAUAUGUAUCUUUAAGAUUUUAAGGGUUAUAAGUUGCCAGGUGGGUUUUUAACGGUUUUCAAAACAGCUGAUAUGAAUCGACUCAAAUUGGUCAGUUUUUUAACAUCACUCUCAGUCAUGAUAUUCUUUAAUGAGAUAACAUUAACAGGUAUUCUUCUUAUUAAAGGUAAAAAACGUGUUCUAUCAUCACGAAAAUAGGAAUUCGUCUCCAAUAUCGUUCAUGUUACAUAGGUUACAUUUCCUGUUUUGUCUUUCUAUACCGAGCCAUCUGCCUUUUUCUACAGGCAUAUGGCUAUUACAUAAUCUAAAGUUGAUAAGUGCUUGGACAUACACAUUUGGUAAGGAACAAUAACAGUCUUCAAACUUAUGUUCAGUUUUGUAAAUUCUAUAGUUAUAACAUUUUGCAGAUUCGUUCACAUUACUAGCCCGGACUUGUUGAUAUUGUGCCUCAAGGGAAUUUUCAAUUAAAUUAACUAAUACCGACAUGCUGAUUCUGUUAUCGAAAAAUUACACAGUGGACACUGAUGACAUUUAAAUAAUUGGGUACAGUAUGGCAAUAUAUUAAGACCAAAAUGAAAAAGGCGCAUGAUUAUGUAAUAAAAUCUAUUAACAGAUGAGUACGAAUCUAUAGAUAUUCCAUACUGAACUGGAAAAUGUGAUCAUUUUAUGUAAAAAUUAUCAACAAUAAUACGGACACGAUUCCGAAAUUCGAGGUGUUCGAAACGAUCAAACACACGAAAACGUUUACUUGAAGGAUACUUUUGUUGGUCAGCGGCUUUUGCCUUUAUUUGGCGUCAGUAUUGUUUCGAAAGUUGAUCCGUCCAAUGUUAACACUUUUAAUACAUUUAGUACUCUUCUUAUAAUAAUUUAAUGAAGAAAUGUGACUUAUUGACUUAUUAGCCCAUUGGGUUAUAUGCUUUGUGUAUUGAAGUUUAUUAUUACAAUUGUAAUAUGAUUGCGUAUGUCAGUUUAAUAAACAGUUUCUUACCUU